UUUCAAAGCACGAAUACUCGUGGCCCAUUAUUUUAUGGACCUAAAAUAACCAAUUGCUUGUCAGAAAGAAAAAAACCAAAAAGAAAGGGCGUUUAAAUAAAAUAAAAUAAAAUAUUUUAAAAAUGGGAUGCGUCAAAUUUAAUUCUCUUCAUUCAUUAUCAUGACAGCUAUACUCUAUUCCUCGUCACGGAACAUUUCCAUGGAGAGCAGCAGAUGGCUAGCAGCAGUUGCUAGCAUAUGGAUCCAGUGUAGCAGCGGUGCAUCAUACACCUUCGGAAUCUACUCCCCUGUGCUCAAGUCCACACAAUCUUACGAUCAAUCCACUCUUGACACUGUUUCUGUUUUCAAAGAUAUCGGAGCCAACGCCGGAAUUCUCUCCGGUCUCCUUUAUACAGCUGUCGCGGCCACACCUACCACGACACGUGGCAGGUUCUCGUUUCUCCACGGUGGACCAUGGGUUGUUCAUUUAGCUGGGGCUGUUCAGUGCUUUGUUGGUUAUUUCUUUAUGUGGCUUGCUGUUACUGGGAUUAUAGAUAGACCACCUGUGGGUGUUAUGUCGGUUUUUAUGUUUAUUGCUGCUCAUGCUCAGACUUUUCUUAAUACGGCUAAUGUUGUUGCUGCUGUUCAGAAUUUCCCGGAUCAUAGUGGGACUAUUGUGGGUAUCAUGAAGGGUUUUCUUGGCUUGAGUGGAGCAAUUCUAAUACAAGUGUAUCAGACCAUAUUCAAUAACAGCCCAAGCUCACUGAUAUUGAUGCUUGCAUUGCUGCCAACUAUAGUCACUCUGAUGCUCAUGUUUUUGGUGACAGUCCAUGAGGCACCUUCAAGAAAUGAGGAGAAACAUUUGAAGGGCUUCUUGUUAAUUUCUUUAGUUAUUGCUGCAUAUCUUCUGUUUUUAAGGAUUUUGGAGAACGUCGUUGUCUUCCCACAAUGGGCACAGAUUAUUACAUUUUUGGUUCUCCUUGCUCUACUCUGUUCUCCUAUUAGUGUCGUGGUCAAGGCCCAAAGGGCUGAUCUACAGAGGCUGCCGCCAUCAAUCACAUCUUCUACCUCUCUAUUGGUAGAUGACCCUGAACUGGAGACCCCUAAUAAAUUGGCUGUUGGGUAUCUUUCGGAUUAUGAAGAAGUGCCUACAGAUACAGUCCAGCGAAAGGCUAGCUCUAUCUUGCAGCCUGAUGAACAAAAGAAUUUGUGGCAAGCCAUGUGCACCAUAGACUUUUGGUUUCUAUUUGUCGCUAUGAUAUGUGGGAUGGGAUCAGGACUGGCCACGAUAAAUAACAUUAGCCAGAUUGGGGAAUCACUUGGUUACACAACAUUGGCAAGAAGUACAUUAGUUUCCUUCUGGAGCAUAUGGAAUUUUCUCGGCCGUCUUGGAGCUGGAUAUGUAUCAGAUAUAUUUCUGCUCAGGAGAGGGUGGCCAAGGCCAUUAUUUAUGGUCUUUACUCUAGCAGCAAUGACUGGUGGCCAUGUGAUUAUCGCUUCAGGUUUUCCUGGAAAUUUGUAUGUUGGUUCACUGCUAGUAGGUAUUUGCUAUGGCUCGCAGUGGUCGUUGAUGCCUACCAUAACUAAAGAGAUAUUUGGUGUUGUCCAUAUGGGUACAAUUUUCAAUACAAUCUCCAUAGCUAGUCCAGUUGGUUCUUAUGUUCUUUCUGUCAGAGUAAUCGGCUAUAUAUAUGACAAAGAGGUAUCAGGAGAAGGAAAUUCGUGCUUUGGUACUCACUGCUUCAUGUUAUCUUAUUUCAUAUUAGCAUCAGUAAGUCUUUUUGGAGUUCUAGUUGCCUUGGCAUUGUUUUAUAGGACGAGAAGGUUCUAUUCCCGUGCGCUGCUGUUGUGCUGAUCACAAGGCUCUCCCGAUUUGCUGGCAUAAGUUUUGGCCUAGGCUUCUGUAUUUGGGUCAAUGCUUGUAGAGUACACUGGCAAUUUGUAUCUGCAUCUUAACA